AGUCGCACAACUGGCAAUCUCAAGGGUUUGGCGGCUAGAAAGGAUCCAACGGUGCCACCUCCUACUAGUUCAGGUUCUUGAUGAGACAAUCUCUAGGCAUUUGCAUUUGACAAAUACAAGGUUCAACGUCUCCGACCAUUUCUUUCCAAGAUCACCAUUUUCUCUCAAGCUUCUCUUUUUCCUGCUUAGCCUUUCCUUCGCCAAAACAACGCUUCGCAGCCAAGAUUGUAGCGAGAGGACAAAAUGGCAACUGCUUGCAUUUCACGCUCUGCUCUGUCGGCGCCGGCUACCGCUGGGGCUAAGGCGGUCUCUGGCCAGCAGAAGCGGCAAACCAGCCAACUGGUCGCGUGGCAGAUGCUCAGGCGUCGAGGCGUCCACACCGCUUCGAUCGCGGUUGAGCCUGCAGUCGUCGUUCAAGGGCGACGCUCUCGUGGGUCGUCCAGUCCGCGCUGCCACCACCAAACGAUCAUCUGAGAGGCUCGUGGUGGUGGACGAGGCCGUGGUGCAGUUCAUCCGCGGCGUCAACGAGCAAACCAUUCCCGAAGUCCGCCUCACGCGAUCCAGGGAUGGCACGAGCGGCACGGCCACAUUCGUGUUCGAGCAGCCGUCGGUUUUCGACCAGCCCAGCGACCUGGGCGACAUCACCGGGCUCUUCAUGAUCGACGAGGAGGGCGACCUGCAGACGGUGGACGUGAGUGCCAAGUUCAUCAAUGGCAAGCCAGCGGGCAUCGAGGCGCGUUACAUCAUGCGCUCGGAGAGGGAGUGGGACCGCUUCAUGCGCUUCAUGGAGCGGUACGCCGAGGCCAACAACCUUGGCUUCGUCAAGAAGUGAACACGUGUGGGAAGAAGAUGGAAAGAAGGGGAAACGAGUAGGGUUGAAGGGGGGACGAUGCUGCUCUGCUGAAUGAACCCGUGAGGGGGGUCAAGGCAUGAGCUAAGUACCCUUCUCUGAGUGAUUCCGUUACCGGAUGAGAUGUCGCUCUUGUCUUGCUGUUCUGUUGACAUAGACGAGGAUUGUGGGUUGUGCGUGCUCUCAUUUUUGCAGACAUGCUACCAAUUGAUAUAGCAUGGUAGUUUAGGGAAAGGCUGCAAUAUAUAUGAACGAUUUUACUUUCGAGGAAUUCAUGUCAAAUCAAAUUUAGCCCUAAUG